AUGGCUCGAGGAUUAACCCGAUACUUCAGCGAUGCAAGGACGUCUAUGGUGGAAUGGCUGUGUACUGACCAUAUAGGUGUAACACCCUGUGAACGUGUCCUUAUGAACCUAGCGGUGAUAAUCCUUCUCACCAUGCCACCGUACUCGGGACAAGUUCCACCAAAUUUGAACACGGUCCAGUACAACCAGUCCCCAGUACAACCAGGGUCCACCACAACCAGGGUCCACCACAACCAGGGUCACGUACAACCAGGGUCCAGUACAACCAGGGUCCACCACAACCAGGGUCCACCACAACCAGGUCCAGCACAACCAGGGUCCAGUACAACCAGGAUCCACCACAACCAGGGUCCACCACGACCAGGGUCCAGCACAACCAGGGUCCACCACAACCAGGGUCCAGUACAACCAGGGUCCACCACAGCCAGGUCCAGUACAACCAGUUUCCAGUAUAACCAGGGUCCACCACAACCAGGUCCACCACAACCAGGGCCCACCACCAGGGCCCACCACAACCAGGUUCCAGUACAACCAGGGUCCACCACAACCAGGGUCCAGCACAACCAGGGUCCAGUACAACCAGGGUCCAGCACAACCAGGGUCCAGUACAACCAAGGUCGACCACAUCCAGGGUCCAGUACGACCGGGAUCCAGCACAACCAGGGUCCACCACAACCAGGUCCAGCACAACCAGGGUCCAGUACAACCAGUCCACCACACCAGGUCCACCAUAACCAGGGUCCACCACAACCAGGGUCCAGUACAACCAGGGUCCACCACAACCAGGGUCCACCACAACCAGGGUCCACCACAUCCAGGGUCCAGCACAACCAGGGUCCACACAACCAGGUUCCACCACACCCAGGGUCCACCACAACCAGGGUCCACCACAACCAGGGUCCAGUACAACCAGGGUCCAGUACAACCAGGGUCCACCACAACCAGGGUCCACCACAACCAGGGUCACGUACAACCAGGGUCCAGUACAGCCAGGGUCCACCACAACAGGGUCCACCACAACCAGGGUCCACCACAACCAGGGUCAAGUACAACCAGGUUCCACCACAACCAGGAUCCAGCACAACCAGGAUCCACCACAACCAGGGUCCAGUACAACCAGGAUCCCACAACCAGGGUCCAGUACAACCAGGGUCCACUACAGCCAGGGUCCAGCACAGCCAGGGUCCAGUACAGCCAGGUCCAGUACAACCAGUUUCCAGUAUAACGAGGGUCCACCACAACCAGGGUCCACCACAACCAGGGUCCACCACAACCAGAGCUCCACCACAACCAGGUUCCAGUACAACCAGGGUCCACCACAACCAGGGUCCCAGCACAACCAGGGUCCACUACAGCCAGGGUCCAGUACAACCAGUUUCCAGUAUAACCAGGGUCCACCACAACCAGGGUCCACCACAACCAGAGCCCACCACAACCAGGUUCCAGUACAACCAGGGUCCACCACAACCAGGGUCCACCACACCAGGGUCCACCACAACCAGGGUCCACCACAACCAGGGUCCACCACAACCAGAGCCCCACCACAACCAGGGGUUCCAGUACAACCAGGGUCCACACAACCAGGGCCCACCACAACCAGGGUGCAGCACAACCAGGGUCCAGUACAACCAGGGUCCAGUACAACCAGUCGACCACAACCAGGGUCCAGCACAACCGGGAUCCAGUACAACCAGGGUCCGACAACAGGGUCCGGUACAACCAGGUCCGGUACAACCAAUGUCGACCACAACCAGGGUCCAGUACAACCAGGGUCCAGUACAACAAGGGUCCGGUACAACCAGGGUCCGGUACAACCAGGGUCCGUACAACCAGGAUCCAUCAACCAGGGUCCAGUACAACCAGGGUCCAGUACAACCAGGGUCCACCACAUUCAGGGUCCACCACAUCCAGGGUCCAGGUUCAGUACAACCAGGGUCCACCACAACCAGGUCCACCACAUCCAGGGUCCAGUACAACCAGGGUCCAGUACAACCAGGGUCCAGUACAACCAGGGUCCACCACAACCAGGGUCCAGUACAACCAGGUUCCAGUAUAACCAGGGUCCACCAGGGUCCACCACAACCAGUGUCCACCACAACCAGGGCCCACUACAACCAGGGUCCAGCAACCAGUGUCCAGCACAACCAGGUCCAGUACAACCAGGGCCCACUCACAGCCAGGGUCCAGUACAACCAGGGUCCACUUCAGCCAGGGUCCAGUACAACCAGUUUCCAGUAUAACCAGGGUCCACCACAACCAGGGUCCACCACAAUCCAGGGCCCACCACAACCAGGUUCCAGUACAACCAGGGUCCACCACAACCAGGGCUCACUACAACCAGGGUCCAGCACAACCAGUCCAGUACACCAGGGUCCAGUACAACCAGGGUCCAGUACAACCAGUCCAGCACAACCAGGAUCCAGUACAACCAGGGUCCAGUACAACCAGGAUCACCACAACCAGGCCCACUACAGCCAGGGUCCAGUACAACCAGUUUCGCAUAACCAGGGCCACCACAACAGGGCCACCACAACCAGGGUCCACAACCAGGGCCACCACAACCAGGGUCCACCACAACCAGGGUCACAUAACCAGGGUCCACUCACAGAACCCCCCAAAAAAGGAACCCCCAGAACACAGAACCAUCAGAUUAUAGAACCCUCAGAGCAUGGAACCGUGGAACAUGGUACCCCAGAAUAUGGAUCCCAAGAACACAUGACCUUGAGACCACAGAACCCCAUUAAUAUAAAGUGGCAAACACUUUUACCGGCACAUCCCAGUAGGCAUUACAUCGACAGAGGGGCCCGGACCGAUAAAUCUGACCCAAAGAGUGUUAUUGUAGACACCAGUCAGUGGUUUGUUUAUAUAUGCAUUGCUUCUACCCAGCACGAGACACAGCUUAAUGGAUUCCUUGUUUAUAUUGAAGUAUCUAGUACGCCUUACAAGGACGACUCCUUCCCUCCAUCUAUAGCUGUUGCUGAUAUGGAGAGCGGUCGUACCACAUCUUAUGAUGAUGCACUGGGGAUCAUAUCAAAGCAUUUCGUCCAGCGUUUCAAAUUUUAG